UUGGAGUUUGGAAUGUACCAUUUUGCCAACACACCGGGAAGAAUCGUGUUGUGACAGCGGAGUAUCAACCCGGCGGGGGCAGACGGUAAUCACCUAGUUGUUUCAUCUUGGAUCAACAAUGGCCUUCAGCAAGGGAUAUCGCAUCUACCACAAGCUGGACCCACCUCCCUACAGUGUCAUCGUGGAAACUAGGAGCCGGGAAGAAUGCCUCAUGUUUGAAUCUGGGGCUGUCGCCGUUCUGUCGGCGGCCGAGAAGGAUGCCAUUAAAAACUCAUAUGCCAAGAUUCUUGAUGCCUACGGCAUCCUGGGCGUCCUCCGCCUAAACCUGGGUGACGCCAUGCUCCACAGUCUGGUGGUUGUGACCGGAUGCAGCUCUGUGGGGAAGGUGCAGGAUUCUGAGGUGUUCAGGGUCACGCAGACAGACUUCAUAUCGCUGAAGAACGAUUCAGGAGAUGAGGACCGCAUCGCCGAAGUGCGAAAGGUCUUGAACUCGGGACACUUCUACUUUGCCUGGUCUGCCACUGGUGUCAGCAUGGACUUAAGUCUCAAUGCACAUCGCAGGAUCCUAGAGGACACGACAGAUAACCGCUUCUUUUGGAACCAAUCUCUGCACCUGCACCUGAAACACUACGGAGUGAACUGUGACGACUGGCUGUUGAGGCUGAUGUGCGGCGGCGUGGAGAUCAGGACCAUCUACGCAGGACACAAACAGGCCAAGGCGUGCAUCUUCUCCCGCCUCAGCUCGGAGCGGGCCGGCACACGAUUCAACGUCCGAGGGACAAAUGACGACGGACAGGUGGCCAACUUUGUGGAGACUGAACAGGUUAUUUUCCUGGAUGACAGAGCCUCAUCCUUCAUCCAGAUCCGUGGGUCCAUUCCUCUUUUCUGGGAGCAGCCAGGAAUCCAGAAAAAGUCCAUUAAGGGUGUUUUGUUGCACCUGAAUGAGAAUCGGCACCGUAAUUGGAUGGAUGACAACCCGCACCUGGUCGGUUCUCAUCGCGUCAAACUCUCGAGGGGAUUUGAGGCGAACGCGCCAGCAUUCGAAAGACACUUCACUGCACUGCGGAGGCUGUACGGUAAACAAGUGAUCAUCAACCUGCUCGGGGGCAAGGAAGGGGAGCACAUGCUCAGCAAAGCUUUUCAGAGUCACCUGAAGGCAUCGGAGCACAUAUCAGCCGUGAAGAUGGUGAACUUUGACUACCAUCAAAAUGUGAAGGGGGGCAAAGCGGACAAACUCCACAGUGUCCUCAAACCCUACCUCAACAAGUUCAUCGAGGAGUGCGGCUUCUUCUACUACUCUGCAGAGACGGGCAUCGUCAGGACUCAAGGUGGGACCAUUAGGACCAACUGCCUGGACUGUUUGGAUCGAACCAACAGUGUCCAGGCCUUCUUUGCCCUUGAGAUGCUGCCAAAGCAACUGGAGGAAAUGGGACUGACGGAGAAACCCCAGCUGGUCGCCAGGUUCCAGGAGGUCUUCCGGACCAUGUGGUCUGCCAACGGAGACUCCGUCAGUAAGAUCUAUGCGGGCACUGGCGCCCUGGAUGGCAAGGCCAAGGCGGGAAAGCUCAAAGAUGGCGCUCGUUCCGUGACGAGGACCAUCCAGAACAACUUCUUCGACAGCUCGAAGCAGGAGGCCAUCGACAUCCUGAGGCUGGGCUCCACGCUCAACAGUGAUUUGGCGGAUAAGGCUCGGGCCUUGCUCACUACUUCCAGUCUUUACAUCACUGAGCCCAUCUUACAAUCAGCCUCCCCGAGGGUAUUGCUGGGAAUGUGUCAGAACCACCAUAAAUACACGAGGCCCAAGCAGAUCCGAGUGGGCGUCGGCACCUGGAAUGUCAACGGGGGGAAACAGUUUCGCAGCAUCGCUUUCCGCAACCAGACGCUCAACGACUGGCUGUUGGACGCUCCAAAGAAGGCCGGGCAUCCCGAGUUCCAGGAUAGCAAAGCAAACCCCAUCGAUAUCUUUGCCAUCGGCUUUGAGGAAAUGGUUGAACUCAAUGCCGGAAAUAUCGUCAGUGCCAGCACUACAAACCAGAAACUUUGGGCGGCGGAGCUGCAAAAGAACUUGUCGCGGGACCACAAGUACGUGCUGCUUGCUUCAGAGCAGCUGGUGGGCGUGUGCCUGUUCGUCUUCAUCCGCCCGCAGCACGCCCCCUUCAUCCGGGAUGUUGCCGUGGAUACUGUGAAAACCGGGAUGGGCGGGGCUACGGGCAAUAAAGGAGGCGUGGCCAUCCGCCUGCUCUUCCACACCACCAGCAUCUGCUUCGUCUGCUCCCACUUUGCCGCCGGCCAGUCGCAGGUCAAGGAGAGGAACGACGACUACAGCGAGAUCACGCGCAGACUCACCUUCCCCAUGGGUCGUCUGCUCUACUCGCACGACUACGUUUUCUGGUGCGGAGACUUUAACUAUCGAAUCAGCCUGCCCAACGAGGAAGUCAAAGAGCUAAUCAAGCAGCAGAACUGGGAUGCCUUGACAGUUGGGGACCAGUUGGUGGACCAGAAGAAUGCUGGUUUGGUGUUCCGAGGUUUUAUCGAGGGGAAGUUAGAUUUUGCUCCCACCUAUAAGUAUGACCUCUUCUCAGAAGAUUAUGACACCAGUGAGAAGUGCCGCACACCAGCCUGGACCGACCGCAUCCUCUGGAAGAGGAGGAAGUGGAACUUUAAUAUGACAGUCGAGGAGAUGAACGUCGUGGGAUCAGCUUCUACAUCAGGGGACAAUGACGACGAUCCCGAUAACCCCUGGAGUCCGGGCACUCUGAAGUACUACGGCAGGGCUGAGCUCAAGACCUCCGACCACAGACCCGUGGUGUCGAUCAUCGACGUCGACAUCCUGGAGGUCGACUCGGAGGCGCGACACCAGGUCUACAAAGAGGUCAUUGCCCAACAGGGGCCUCCAGACGGCACCAUCCUGGUGUCGCUCUGCUCCUCCGGCCCCGACGACUACUUCGACGACGCUCUCAUCGACGAGCUGCUGGACAAGUUUGCUAAUUUCGGAGAGGUCAUCCUCAUCAGAUUUGUGGAGGAGAAGAUGUGGGUGACUUUCCUGGAAGGUUACUCUGCUCUUGCUGCUCUGUCUCUCAGCGCUUCCACUGUCCUUGGCAAAAUGAUGGACAUCCGUCUGAAGAGUCCAGGCUGGAUCAGGAGUCUGGAGGAGGAGAUGAGUGUGGAUAGAAUCUGUGGCAGCAUCCCCACCUCGGCCAGCUCCACCCUCCUCGCCGAGGACACGGACAUUGGCGAUGAUGAUUACGAUAUGGAAGGGGAUGUGGACGAGGAGGUGGAGGAGAUCCUUCCCCAGCACCUUCAGCCCGGAGCAGGCUCAGGGCCCGGAUCCUCCCCGCUCCCCUCCCCCCGCAGCAGUCCCUGUAACUCACCUACCCACGGGGAACCCGUUGCCCCCGGCAGGUCGAGUCGUGGACAGCCCUCCCGGCCAUCACAUGGGCCUCCUGUUGACUUCCAGCCUGGUGCCCCCACAUCAUGGGAGCCCAAACGCCCUCCUCCCCCCCGCCCCCACGCCCCUCCAGCCAGACCAGCACCUCCUCAACGCCCCCCGCCACCUUCAGGACCAAAGAGCCCCGCUCUCCCUCGGCCAGAGGCAGCUGUAGCUCGAGGCCAGGUAGCGGUGGGAGCUUCUGGACCCGGAGGUGCUCCCAGACCCAAUAUCCCUCCCCGGGCGGGGGUGAUCAGUAUGCCCCCUCAGUCUCGCCAACUACCUCCCUCUCACCCUGGAGCGCCCAGGCCCAUCCAAGAGGUGCAUCCCGGGGCCCCUCGGCCCAUCACAGACACCCACCCUGGAGCCCCGCGACCUGUGCCCUGUGGCCAGGUCAAACCCACCGACCUGCCUCUGAGUCCCCCUCCCUCAGGACCGUCUCCUACAGAGCCCCCUGCAGCGAGACCCCAGGUUCCAUUCCCCAUGCAGGCCCCCAUGCAGGCACCCAUGCAGGCACCCAUGCAGGCACCCAUGCAGGCCCCUAUGCAGGCCCCCAUGCAGGCAACCAUGCAGGCACCCAUGCAGCCCCAACCCGCCACCCCUACAGCUCAGUCCCAACCCCCACCACCGAUGCACCCCACACUUCAAGCUCCCCUCCAGCCUGCGCAAGCUCCCAAUGCCGGGCAUCCUCCUCCUGCCGCCGCCCCCUCUGCCGGCUCGCCACAAGGUCUAGCGUCUCCUAAGCCGCCGCCACGUUCCCGCUCCUCUCACGUUCUGCCACCCGAAGCUGCCAAGUCUGAGACGGCUGCGCAGACCAAUGGACUGAAUGGAAUCCAAGGAGAAGCACAAUGGAUGCCCGGCACCUUCGAAACACCCGCUUCUGAUUUCUCCUCCUCCUCCUCCUCCUCGUCGUCCUCCUGGCACAGCACCCAGUCUCUGACCAGAGGCUCCUCUCUGCGUGCCCCCCCCUCUGUUCCCGCGUUCACGUGUGCGUCCUCCAGCGCUCUCCCUCCAUCCUUCCCUCUGCAGCCCUCCGCUCGGUCAGUCGACUCGUCGUCGUCGUCGUCCGCCGCCCCGUCGCAAUUCGCCUCCUCCUCCUCCUCCUCCCUGCUUCCGCCUCCUCCGGUCCAGUCUCGUAGCCGCUCGCAGGAGACGCUGCACGCCUCUCCCUGCCCCCUCCCUCCCGACCCGCUCCCAGCCCGACCGAGCAGCACCAACCCCUUCACGGGCCCGCUGCCGCAGCAUCGGCACCGCUCGCUCACGCCGGACUUCAGCGCCCAUCGCCCCGCGUCUGCUUUCACUCCCCCGCUCAUCCUCACCCCGGCUCCAGCCCCGACUGCUGCCCCCGCCUUCCAGCUCCAAAGGAGCUCGUCCCCGUUCGGUCCGUCAUCCACGUUCCCCCCCGCCCCGUCGCCGGCCCCCUCCUUGCCCCUGGCGCCAGCCUCCUCCCUUCCGCCUGGCCUCGCACCGCGUCGCCAGCCACCUCCCCCGACCCGGCGGUGGGUCACUUUCGAUAAUGAUUUGGAUUUUAAACCUCCCACCAGAACGCCGCAGGCUCCCGCCGUCCCCUCCAGUUCCCUCGCGUCCCAAACGCAGCCCUCCAUCUCCGCGUUUGACUCCGAGCCCGACUGGUUAUCCUCGGUCCCUUCGGUGUUCCCAACCCUCCCUCCUGCCAUCCCAAGCAGAACUGUGAACAGCAACCCGAAGCCCCCGGAGGGACCCGGCGACGACGAUCACUCGUAAUAUGUAAAGGGCAUAUCCAGAUAUGUAUAGAUCCAUGAUAAAUGUGUAUAUGUGUGUGUGUACAAAAGGACAAUAAUUAAAAGUAUAGACCGACCCCCCCCCCCCCGCUGAAUCACAGGCACGGUGUUGCGUCUCGAGCAGAAGUGUCCGGGCCCAAGCGUAACCACGGAGAUGUGUGCGCGUUCCCUGACAGUAACAUUUAUUUUAGUAAGAAUUGCUCUGACGUUUAUUUUAAAUCGUGGCAGCAAACACUGUGUCCAUAUGGUAUGGAGUUAUAUAACGUACAUCUAUACGCACAAAUGAUGUGUUUUAAUGUGUGCGAUAUCAAGCGGUUUCUGCGUGGCCGCGCAGCACGCCGACGCGUUCAUAUCCAUCGUUCUGACAUCAGAGGGGGAUUCUCAGAGUAGCGGGUCAUCUUCUAGCUUCUGAGUUUACAUAUCCGAGAAGGCUAUAUGCACUGGAGGUUUGGCAUUCGCCCCCAACAUCGUGUGUUGUACAUUUCGUUGUGUUCUUUCGUGUCCGAGGGGGUCCUGAUUUCACCAGAUCCAUUGUGAGCUUGUUGCUUUUUUAUCAUGAAUGUAUUUUGUGUUUAUGCACCGCGUUGCGUCAUCGCCUCCUUGCUGACGCCACGAUGUGAACCAGAACAGCACGGGACCGUGUCAGUCGGGCAAAAACAUGUUCACUGCCGCAACACCGACCUCAUCUCGCCACUUGAUAGUCAGACAUGUUGCUCUCUCUCUCUCUUUCUCCUCUCUCUCUCUCUCUUUCCCCCUUUUCCUUUUUCUUCCCCCUCUCCCUUGAUGGACGAUUGUUCCCCAGCUUCUCUCUCUCCAUUCAUUCAUUCAGCCAUCACUCGUUAAGCUUAGCUGAAUAUAUUUUGUAGCGCUAUAUCAAAACCUAUACAUCGUGAUUGUGUAUUAAAAAAAAGUUAUGUUUUGGACAUGGAAGCGACUCCUCGCUAGAUGUGCGUGCGCUCGUGUGUGUGUGAUGGCCGUAACAGUGACUUGCACAAUGUGACGGACGCACCGGUUCUGCUCUCGCUUGUAUUCUCGCUGAUGGCAGAGGGACAGAAGUGAGAGACUGAAGAGAUGGACGUUCCACAGCCGCCGCGUUUUGAGCCUCCUUGAUUUGAUCCAAAGCAUUUAACCACACUUUUGUAAGAUCUGUGUGUGUGUGUGUGUGUGUGUGUGUGUGUGUGUGUGUGUGUGUGUGUGUGUGUGUGUGUGUGUGUGUGUGUGUGUGUGUGUGUGUGUGUGUGUGUGUGUGUGUGUGUGUGUGUGUGUGUGUGUGUGUGUGUGUGUGUGUGUGUGUGUGUGUGUGUGUGUGUGUGUUACGACGAUGGUGUGAUUUGAGUCCGUGGGCAUGGCAGCAAUGGCGAGCCACGUAUAAUAAUAAUAAUAAUAAGAGGGCAAAAAAAUUUAAAUUCAACUUUUUGUUUAUUCCGAAAAGCCAUGCUUUUUUUAAUUUCUACAAACAUUUACUCUUAAUCUAUUGUUGAUCCCGUGGUGUGAGGUGUUGUGUUUGAGGUGCAUAUCGUCUGUUGUGUCGUGUUUGGAUGUGUGUGUGUGUGUGUGUGUGUGUGUACAGAGUUAAGAGUGGAACAUUUUUCUCCCAGGAAGUCUUUUCUUUGAAGUGUAUUCGCUUACAGGUCCUGAACUAUCGGCCACUGGAUUCAAAUGGUUUCCACUGUAUUUCCGAUCUCCAGCUGGCUGUGGAGUGACCUCGCUGUAUGUAAACAAUACAAGACAAAGGACUUUUCCACAAAGCACAGUACAAGCUCGAGCGUUAAUCGCGACUGGGCCUCGCUGGAGGUCGUGACCUUUCACGAGGCGUGUUCGUUAUGCGGAAAAGAGGUGAUUGUGUCAUUUCCCUUUUCCCCCCCCGCUGCUGUCGAGUUGUGUAGGUCAGCGUCAAUGUCGGUGGCAAUGAUGACGAGCAAUAGUUGAGCUAAAAUGAUCAGCGAGAGUGUAAUUCUCCUCCAACGUGACACAUGCCAGCAUCUGAUCAGGUGUUAUUCCUCCAACCUUCAGAAAUGAUGUACCGGCUGAAAUGUCUUGAAAGCAUUUUAAUGUCUAAGUUAAAACAUCAGACUCAAUAAACUAAUGCUUCUGCUAUUUGUUUAAACACAAAACAUAUAUAUUUGUUCACUGCACUGAACGCAUUGGCUGUCUAUGGAAGCAAGUGUAUCGGCUUGCAUUUGCUUUAAAUGUCGAUCUCUAACGCAUUCGUUGUGUUAUCCAGAUGUGUGCAGUAGAUAAUGCAUCUGCAUUAGCGGUAGGGAGCUUUCCAACGCUUUGUGUACUGUCAUGUUCAAGAUGAGAUUUUAUAGGAAACACAUUGCUCCUUUUGUGAGGUCGGUGUCCCUUUUUAUGGUUAUAAUCCAUAGUGAAUAAGGAGUCUGUGUUGUUGAACAUAUUCUGUAUGUAUUAAAGAGAAAACAUGAAACUGCAAUUCAUGUUAAUAUCCAACGUUCCAUAUUUUAAGUGCGAUGCUGAUUGCACAUUUAUGUAUAAAGCAGUUUAUGUUGUAUGUAUGCAAAAAUAAAUGGAAGUUGACCCUGA